UAGGUAUACUAUGCAUGACAGUCCAGGAUAUUUCCAUACGACCUCACAAAAUUACCAAUACAAGUACAACCCAUCUCUAACUUAUGUUUUCUAACAGUUAGUCCACGAUAAAACCAUGGAACGCGUGGUACUAUAUUAUCAUUCAUCCAAUCAUAGGUAUGUGUCAGCCAUAUAAAAUCUCCAACUCAGAUUUUCCCAACUUGGAGAAACGUAAGCGUUAACUCGUAACUCAGUUUUUCCCAACUCGGUCAGAACUCAGGCUGGUAAGCAGCCAUGGCUUCGAUCCACACCAUAGCUGCCCAGAGAUUCCUUUCCUUUACCAAACCCAAACCAAAGCCAACAAACUCUCAUCCUAAGCUUCACCCCAGCUCCUCCAAUUUCCCCAAAGUGAAUCCAAACUUGAUUUUCUCGAGAAACAAACGGAAAAGCAGCUGGCUAGUGAACUCUGUAGUGGAGGAAGAGUUCUUCGACGUCAUCCCUGUACAGAGCUCGGAUAGUACGGACCAGCAGGAAGGAGUGGUGGUGAGCCGCGUGGAGGGGGGAGGAGGAGGAGGUUUGGAGAGCGAGUUGGCGAGCCAGGUGAGUGGGUUCGGAGGGAACGAAGGGAGGUUGUCGUUCGAAGGAGCUACUGAAUUUCAGGGAUUUGGGUCUGGGUCUGGUUUAGGUGAUGGAAGAGAGAAUGAGGAUGAUAAUAGACUGAUUGAUAGAACGAUCAAUGCCACUAUUGUGCUCGCGGCUGGUUCUUACGCCAUCACGAGAUUACUUACCAUUGAUCAAGAUUACUGGCAUGGAUGGACUCUUUUUGAGAUACUAAGAUAUGCUCCCCAACACAACUGGUCUGCUUAUGAGGAAGCUCUUAAAACAAACCCAGUUUUAGCCAAAAUGAUGAUUAGUGGAGUGGUGUAUUCGAUAGGAGAUUGGAUAGCACAGUGUUUUGAAGGAAAACCUCUAUUUGAGUUUGACCGCACACGUAUGUUCAGAUCGGGUCUUGUUGGUUUUACUUUGCAUGGUUCCCUAUCUCACUAUUAUUACCAGUUCUGUGAGGAACUUAUUCCUUUUCAAGACUGGUGGGUGGUUCCUGUCAAAGUACUCUUUGAUCAAACAGCAUGGGCGGCACUUUGGAACAGCAUUUAUUUCAUAGUCUUGGGGAUUUUGCGGUUUGAGUCUCCAGUCACUAUAUUUAAGGAAUGGAAGGCGACAUUCAUUCCCAUGUUGACUGCAGGGUGGAAGCUUUGGCCAUUUGCUCAUCUAAUUACCUACGGUGUGAUCCCUGUGGAACAGAGGCUUCUUUGGGUGGACUGUGUGGAGCUAAUUUGGGUGACAAUACUUUCAACUUAUUCAAAUGAGAAAUCAGAAGCAAGAAUAGCUGAGGCACCAGUGGAAGCUGAUUCCAAUUCCUCAAGCGUAACUAUUAAUGAGGAGUAAAAGGAAAUUCAGGAGCAAGAACAUUAAAAGUAUAUAACGAGAAGUUGCUCAACUGGAUGCUGAGAAUGAAAAUCGCUUCACAACAGAUCACGACCGAGAACACAUAAUGAUUCAGAUCAAGACAUGACAGGUUGGUUAUUUAUAUAAUGGACAUAAAUGGAGAACUGCUUGUGUAUGAUAGGUGACUCUGUCCAUAGAUUGCUUGUGUACAUUGGGUGCCUUGUCUAUCUUUGGAUCAAUAUGUAUCUACAUUCUUCGUAUAUAAUUUCAUAUAGAUCGCAAAUUAGCUGUAAAA